AUGGACACGUUUUCAGCAUUUUCGACCUCGCCAUCGGCUAACGCAGCGGCUUUUCAUGUAAAUGAAGGAAACCCUGGAGGAGUCACCCCCAGCGGCGGAAUGACGGGUGUCGGCGGAGGUGUCUCAAGCACCUCUCAUCUCAGCAACACAUGUACCACAAACGGUCUACUAGCUAAUGGUAACUUUGGCAAGAUAUCCUCGUCGGCGCUCUUUACGACUUCGGCAAACCCUAGCACUUUAAUGCACUCUUCCCGAGGUAGUAACACUAAUGGUGGUAGCCGCAGCAGUAGCCCCAUAAACUUUACCGAUAGCUCCGUUAACGGCAUAGUUACUGGCAAUCUUCGAGUGCCGUUGGGUACCAUACAUAUGUCCAGCACUAUGGACUGUAGCACCAACACCUAUGACCUAGGCGAGAGCACACUUGAAAGCAUCACGCAGACGUUGUCCGUGCUUCAAAACAUUGCUGAGGGGCGGCAUUUUGGGCAAUGGAAUGAUAUGCUCGACCCCCAAAAACCCUUUGAGUCUGGUCGAAAGAUAAGCGCUGCGCUAAACAAGACUCCGCUGCCAGCACGAAAGGAGGGUGUAACAAUUUUGGCUCGUGGCAUGACAACUCCAGCACACUUAACCAUUGUCAGCCACAUGGAGGAGCCGUACCGCAAUGAGGUACGUAAUUUAGUCCUUCACGACCUCCUAAAUCAGUUAUCCCUCGCUGGAAAUGACCCGAUGCCGCUUUGUGCAGAGAUGCUGGCGGAACUUUCUCGGCUCAACCUGGUUCGUCUGAGUGGUGUGGCGGUCGCAAUUGAACGCUACCUUAGCGAACCGGACAAGCGUAGGGCGGGCAUCGCGUUGCUUGGCCGUGUCGCAGAGUAUAACCGCGGGAGCGAAGCGUUUUGUAGUGCUCUUCAAGCGACUGAUGCGUUGCACCAGCUCUACACGAUGUGCAAGGAUCCAGAGUAUGAGUACGACAUCUCGACUAUCACGCAGCUUCUCAGCAGCAACUCGGAGAAGAGUCCGGGCGCUUCCCUGUUCUGCCACUGCACCAUCCCGCUACCGGCACCGGUAACUUGCAUGCACUACUUUCGUAGCCGCGACGAGCUCGUGUCCGGGCAAGCAAAUGGCACGGUGGUCAUGUGGGGUGGGCAAAAAUCGAAUAAUACAUCCCUCACCCCUCCUAAUGUUAGCAUCAGCCCCAUCGAGCGGUUUCCUGUCAGCGCGCAGAAUGUAAUGACUUUGUCUCCAGAUGAUGUCGCUGAGCAUGCACCAGUCGCCAUGGCAGGGCCGCAGCGCGGGCACUACCUGGUUGCUGCGGGUAUGCCUUACCAUAUCAUGCACCCUUACGCAGCGUACUUAGAUAUUGAGUCCUCUCAGCAUAAGCGGCAAUCAAUCAGCAGUGCAUCGUUGCCGCAGCCACUUUUGUGUGUUAUGCCGUGCAAUGAGCAAACUGGCGAGUGGAGCAACGGUAACGUCUUCUUUCGUCCUGCCGACCGUGUGAUCACAGCUGUCACGGCGCUCUCAAACAAUACCAUUUGCAGCGCGGAAUCUAGCCUUGGUGGCAUUUCCCUUCUAGUAAAACCUCAGGAAACACGAACCCCGAAAGGCGGCACAUCGGCUUCUAGUAUGCUUAGCCAAGAACACAACAUCCAGCUGAUUAAUUCAACUGACGGUAGGGUAGUGCGUACCUUAGCUAAUGCUCAUAGUGACUACAUCACCAUUUUGUCAACCCGUGAGGAUGAUGAGGUGGUGCUAAUAUCUGGUUCUCGAGAUAAAGCAAUUAAACUAUGGGAUACCCGUGUUAACAGCGCUGAGAUCAGUACAAUUGGAACGAAUGGGACAACACCCUUGUCCUCAUCAUCCCUCUCUACUAGGGCUAUGUCGACCUCAGUAUACAAGCUAGAGUCUUCGAUUCACACGGAUACGAUUAGCACUAUAUACACCUUUCGUAACUUUAUUUUUACUGGUUCAAUGGAUGGUUCAAUGCUGAUUUGGGAUGGUCGUCGGACAGCAACACCAGUUAUGAGUCGUCGUUUUAUAUCCCCUAUCUUGGAUAUUGCCGCUUUGGAGGGUGGGCGCACUGUAGUGGCGACUGCGCGUGGACUCUACUUAAUAUAUCUUGAAACUAUGUCUGCAGUGCAUGUAGUGCCCAAUGUCGCCUUCACACGACUUCUAUCUAACGACACAGGUAGUGUUGUGUUUGCCGCAGGAACGGAUGGAAUUAGCGUGUUUUCUCUAAGACGAUAG